UCCUGGGAUUCAUUGAGUCCUGUAUUGAAGGCAUUGGAGUCUAAGGUAUCGCUAAUUGUAUCGGAUUUUGUGAUCCAUUGGUUUCCCGAUAAGAGCCGACUAAUGCAUGUCGUGAGCAAACUGUUGGCCAAAAACGGUGAGUUUGUGGCCAAUUAUGUUCGCACACCGGAUGUCAUGUCAUUAUUAACCGACGAACAGAAACGACAAUACAAUAUAAAAUUGCAAACUAAAAGUGAAUCACAACAAUUGGAUGAAAUACGG